AUGCGUCAGUCGAUAAUCGGCGGACCGGCAGAUCUAACCGCCGUUAGCCGAAAGAACUGCUCGCUGUCCGUUCAGACGGAUGUGGGAACCAACUGGGAGUUCGAGAACUGCUUAUACCUUCAAUCGGGCGGCGGAUUCACCUUCCAUUGGACAUACGAUCGCCCCACCCGCAUUCUCGACGGCGCGUUUUCCGCAGACUGGGAGGGGUGGGUGGGGUGGGGUAUAGGCGUGCGCAUGGUGGGGGCGAGCGCGCUCGUGGCGUUCCGCUCAAGCGAGACGGAGUACUACUUCUCCCAAUACUACCUGGCGGACUAUAACGCGAGUUUGAUAAAGCCGGACACUGGGAUCCUGGAGUUGGUUCCUAACAGCAUCAAGGUGCACAUUCAAGGCGCUACAGUGCGAGUGAUGUUUGCGGUGGUGCUACCGGAGGGGCAGACGCCAGGGCUGUAUGUGAUCAUGGCCAAGGGCCAGGGGGGCAACGGUGACACGGGGGCUUUGGAGCCCCACAGCCCCUUCAACACCGCUCGAACUUACCUGCGCCUGGCAGGUGAGGGAUUAAAUCAGGGUUUCCAAUACGGGGUUGAGGGGUGUCAUGUGAGCGAGGGGUGUGAUGUGAGCGAGGGGUGUGAUGUGAGCGAGGGGUGUGAUGUGAGCGAGGGGUGUGAUGUGAGCGAGGGGCAGGCGCCGGACCCCCCCAGUGGUUGCAAGCAGCGCAUGGUCUCGUCAACCUCCUCGCCUGGGGCCUCAUUCUCCCCAUCGGCAUGCUACUCGCCCGCCAUCUCCCAUUCUCAGUCCCAACCAUGUCUUACUGUUCCCCUCACUUUCUUACUCUCAGGCGCCGGACCCCCCCAGUGGUUGCAAGCAGCACAUGGUUUGGUCAACCUCCUUGCCUGGGGCCUCAUCCUCCCCAUCGGCAUGCUACUCGCCCGCCAUCUCCCCCAACUCGACCCCUCCUCUUCCUCCUCCUCCUCCGCCUCCGCCUCCUCCGCCCCCUCCUCCGCCUUCCCCUUCCCCUCAUCCUCCGUGGCUGUGGUAACCUCUGGCCCAGGGACUCCCUCCUGGGUGAAGCUGCAUAGGAUGGUGCAGGCGGGGGGGUAUGCUUUGGGCGCGUUUGGCUUCUUCCUCGGGCUGCUCAUGUGGGGGGACGCGCAUGAGGGGCAUGUGCGCCUGAGGGGCGUGGGGGGGGAGGAGGCGGGGGAGUUUGACCCGGGGGCGCACAGGCGGUACGGCAUCACGCUCUUCAUUCUCGCUUCCUUCCAGGUGACUGCUCUCAUGGUCAUCCCCCACAAGGACGCCCUCCUGCGCCCCUGGUGGAACCUGCUGCACCACUGGAACGGACGCCUUGUGGUGCUGCUGGGAGUGAUCAACGUGUGGCAUGGCAUCUCGCUGCUGCACCCGCACUCCAUGGUGUGGUCUUUCCUGUACGGCAUUCCCUUUGGCCUCCUCCUCAUCAUCGCAUCGCUCCUCGAGGCCUUCACCCUCUGGAAGUGGCUCAUGGACGAUGCACCCACCACCGCCUUCCAGCGCUGGGUACAGUCUAUGGUUCCGGCGCACAUGCAUCGCCGCUACAUGUCGCUGCACCAGGGAGCCGAAGCCGAAGCUCCUGUGGAUCUCAGCGAUGGGGAGAUCGAAUUCAUGGCUUCCAAAUUCCGACAAGAGCUGGAAUACAAAUACAUUCGCCGCCGGCCCGCCCAUUCGGUCUCCGCCUCCGCGGCUUCCGCAGGUGAAUCCAUGGCGGAACCCGCGGCGGGAGCGGCGGGUGCGGCGGGCGCAGGGGUGGCGAUGGAGGUGGAGGUGAAGCUGCGGCUGGCGAACAAGGAGGCGCACGCGCGCGUGGCGGAGCUCCUCUCGGCCAAUCACCGCGUGACACAUCAGCAGGAGAACGUGUUUUUCGACGGGGCGAACGGCGAGCUGAGCCGUAACCGCAUUGUGUUGCGCCUUCGCUUCUACAACAGUGACAGCAAGUGCGUUGUGACUGUAAAGGGGAAGACUAUUAUGGCGGAUGGCAUUGGGCGCUCCACUGAGGAGGAGGAGGACAUCGAACCUGCCUUUGGCCGCGCAUGUGUGGCGGACCCAUCGUUGCUGCAAUCCGCAUCAACACCUCUUCUCUCCUCCCUGCCUGCUCGCUUCUCCUGCCCACAGUUUGUGUGUCUGGGGGGGUUCCGCAACACUAGGAGCGUGUUUGAGUGGCGGGGAAACACAAUCGAGCUCGAUGAGACUCAGUUUGCCUUUGGCACGCAAUAUGAGAUCGAGUGCGAGACAAGUCAGCCCGAGCAACUCAAAGCAGAGCUGGGGGAAUUUCUGCAAGAGCACAAUGUGCCCUUCUCCAACAGCAGCAGCACAAAGUUUGGCAUCUUUCGGGCAGGGAAACUGCCCGAAUAA